AUGAAUGAGUAUCGUCGACAAUCACUUAAAUAUAAUAAUCAUCAAUCAUGUUGUCCAUGGCGUUUGAAAAGUAAUGGCUUAAAUAUUGAAGGUCUUUGCAAAAAUUCUCAUUGUCCAGCUUAUGAUCAAAUGGUGAUUAUUAAUUUGGGUUUUGGUGAAUUUGAUUUUGCACGUAUUAUUCUUGAGCGACAUAAUCAAUGUCCAAUAUGUAAAAAUAAAAUUAGUCCAAUUAAAUAUGCUUUACAUAAUUGUCGAUGGUGGUAUGUUAAUCAUUAUAGUACAUGUACUUUUCCUUUAAAUACAGUUAAUGAUACAUAUGUGUUAAAUAAUUUAAAGUGUGAAUAUAAAAUUAUGGAAACUAUGCCACUUCCAAAAAAUUAUCGAAUUUGUAAAGACUCAGAAGAAAUAGCAUGUCCAAUUUGUUUGAUGGAUAUUGAAAAUGAUAAUGAAAGAAUUCAUUUACCUUGUUCACAUACUUUUCAUCGUAGUUGCAUAUAUGGAUGGUUACAAUCAAAUGAAUUAAUGGCACAUACAUGUCCUAUGUGUCGAGAACAUAUUGUUGAAAUAUAUUAA